AUGAAUAAAUGCUUAAAGUUUUUAUUAUUUCCUUUUAGUAACUUACCACGACAUUUGUUAGUUGCAUUUUUAUAUAAUACUUCUUGCUAUUUUUACUGGAUUGUAGUUCCAUUAUUAUUUAAUGAGCAAGGAGCCUCAGCAAUUCAAUUAGCAUUGCUCCAAACUGUAUGCUUUUUGAUUUAUGCAUCAUUAGCACCUUUCGGUGGUAAAUUAGCAGAUAAAUUAAAUCCAUUUAUUGUCCUUAGACUAUCAAUGGUGUUCUUAACUAUUGGUGAAGUAAUAGUUGCUAUAUGGCCAACUAGUAAAAUUGGAUUUUAUUUCUCAGCUGCCUUUUGGGCAUUUUCUGCUUUAACUUUUUGGCCAGCUGCUGUAGGUACAAUAGGUAAAGAAGCUGGUAUAGGACAUGAGGCAAGGGAUUCUGGUUUAUUUGCUGUAUCAUGGUCAUUUGGUAAAGCUAUUGGAUAUGCAGCUGGAGGUUUUUUAAAAUCAGCACUUGGUGCGAGUACAUCAUUAUAUAUUGCUAUUGGAAUUAAUGUUGUUAUUAUGAUUGUUUAUCCAUACAGACAUGUUAAAUGGUUAAGAGAAAAAAUUAAAAAGGAGAAAGAAGAAAAGAAAAUGUUAAAGAAUGCUGUUGAAAUGAAUAAAGAAAAAGAGGCAAAUGAUGUCAAGGUAAAUGUAAGUCCAUCAUUACAACAAGAAAUUGAAGAAUCACAAAUGAAAAAAGAACAAAUAAAUCAAGAAGAAAAAGAUGAUGUAGUAAUUCCUAAUGAAGUUGUUAAUGAGGCAAAUAUUAAAAUAAAAGUAAAAUGGAAUGAUAAACAAUUAAAAAAUAAAACAUAUAUUUAUUUAGGAUAUAUUAUGCAAUUAGGAUUAUUUGGAGCAUCAUGUGUUAUUACUAAUCAAUAUAUUAAAAUUGCUGAUGAAAAAUCAAUAGGAAUUCCUAUGAAAGGAAGUCCUGAAGAUAACUUUGUUUCAUUCAAUUUUUUCAUUAUGUACUUUGCACAAACAAUUAUGUUUGGUAUUAUGAGUUUUACUGAUAAAUGGACUUAUCAUAGAUCAUUAUGUUUACUUGCUCAAGCUAUUUUCUUAGUAUUUUCAUUAUUAUUAGUUGUUGUAUUUAAUCCGUAUAUUAUUUUUGCUAUGUCUUUUAUUGCUGGAUUAGCUGCUGGAUUUAGUUAUCAAACAUCAACUUAUUAUUCUCUCAGAGCAAGUGAAAAAUCAAAGAGUUUAUUUGUAGGAGUAAGCGAAAGUGUUGCAUCUAUGUCUAAUGCAAUUUUACCUUUAAUUGCAGGGCUUUUAUCUAAUGCAUUUGGGGUAUUUGCACCAAUGUAUUUUAUUGUUGUUGUUAUGUUAAUAACAUUAACUACAACAGCCAUUAUUUAUCAUAUUGGUUAUUUUAUUAACAAUAAAAGACAAGCUAAACGUGCUGACCCAACUUCUCUUAGUGAAAAUAAUGAAGAACCAUCUCCUAUUGAAACAACUAAACUUGAACAAGUUCAAGUGACUGAACCUAAUUCAGAACAACCACAACAAGAAAUUUCAGAAAAGUUACAAGAAAAUACUAAUGAAUUAUUAUAA